UUAUCCUUUUGGAGGAUCGAGGCGUAAUUAACGCUUGUUAUACUUUCGGGAGACUGUAAAAAUGACGGAGGAGCAGUGUCCCUCGCUGCAUGACGCGGUUGUCUCACAGAUACCGGACACUGCGUGUUACAUACCGAAUUUUAUCACCGAGGAGGAAGAGAAACAGAUCGUAAAGUGCGUAAAUAGCGUUCCGUUGCCGAAGUGGACGCAAUUGAGCCACCGUAGGCUACAGAAUUGGGGUGGCGUACCGCAUCCCAAAGGGAUGAUAGCAGAAGAGAUUCCUAGUUGGCUUCAAAAGUACAUGAACAAAGUGACUGCUUUAAACACCUUUGAAAAUGGAGUGUCGCCGAAUCAUGUUUUGAUUAACGAAUAUUUACCCAGCCAAGGAAUUAUGGCACACUCGGAUGGCCCACUCUUUUACCCUGUUGUAACUACCAUCAGUUGCGGUUCCCAUAUCUUUCUGGACUUUUAUAAACGGCUCGAUACAAUAGAGCAACAGCAACCAAAAUUAGAAUUUAGCUUGCUACUUGAGCGCAGGAGUCUGUUAGUUCUACAGAAGGAUUUGUACCAUAAUUACCUGCACUCUAUAGCGGAGAGAGAUUCCGAUAGUAUAGCAAAGUCUUCGAUAAAAAAUUUGCACAUGUGUGCGCAAAAGUUUACAGAGGGAGAAGUAUUAAAACGCAGUACUAGAUUAUCCUUGACUAUCAGACAUGUGCCAAAGACUAGCAAGAUGAAGUUAAAAAUUUUUUGAUAUGUUUUAUGUACAUUAUUGAAAUUUUUAAAGAAUACACUUGUAUCUGAUAGUGGUAUAAAAUUUUGUCAAUCUGUUGCUUUUUUGUCAUCAUCAGUUUCAAUCCAUCCAGGAUAA